CGCUUACCUGGCACCGCAAACGCCGUCGCGCGCGUCGCGGCAAAACCCGCGCGGUAGAUGCAUGUCAAAAAAAAGAGAAGGCAUCGGGCGCUGCUGCCCGAAGCCGUCGUCCCGGGCCACGCCACAACCGCGUGCGACCUGCCCCGGCCGUGUACACCUCAAAGCGCCACCGCUGCGGCAGCCCCAAGGCACGUACCGGCAGCCCCAAGGCAGACCUGCUCCCUUCAAAGGGCUUGGCAGCACCGGCAGCAGCCAUGGAGGAGCCCCAGUCGCCCGAGGGCGCAACCGAGUCCCUCUUCCACGGCGACAACGACGACGUUGAUUUUGUCCGCGAGGCCGGCGACAUCGCUAGAUUAGCCUCGCUGCAGGUCGACACGGCGACGGACGAUCCCGAAGAGCAGGGCCUCGUGUCGCCGCCGAGACCUUUAGUCCGCGUGACCUCUGGAGGCUAUAUUGAUGGAAGACCGCCUCCCUCACCUCGAGGGGGCCCGGUCCUCAAGGAGCCGAAGACGGCCCGAGAUAGAGUUUGGGCGUUUGUCUUUGCGUUGCAGGCGCUGGGCGCCGUGGGUGUUAUGGUACUCAAAGCGCGGUCCGUGGACGCCUCACCAAUUGUCGCCUGGGCGUUAGUUGCUGUCAUGGCUUCAUUAGCGUCGCUAAGUGAUGAUUCUGCUGGAAACGCAUUAAACGCCUCCCACGCUCCAGCAAUACUUGUGGUGACAGCACUAGCUUUGCUCUGCGGGGUACGGGUCGAGAGGACCCAUUCGAUACCCUGGGCUCUAUUAUGCGUGACCUUUGCAUUCUUGGCCCUUGCUCUGUACCUGUCGAGGCGGAAGGCUGUAAAUGACAGUAGCUACGUUUUGGCGACCGUCGCUUUAUCGCGCCUCGUGCCCUGGCCCCGCGUUUCGAUAAUAGCGACGGCGGCGCAAGCACUCCAUUUCUUGCUCGUGGCCGGCGUCCUGCGAGACGGCAACGACGCGUAUGUGAUUCUGGUGCUGGCCCACGCCGCCUGGACGUGCCAGGCGUGGCGAUUAGCUGUUCGAGCCGUGGUGGCGGCGGACCUCGAGCGGCGGUUGGCCGGCGAGGGUGAUAGUCUCAAACCGUUGAUACGAAGAGCAUGUACCUAUUCAUUGGGAACGAUAGCCAAGGCGGCGCUAGUGUGCCCUCCCAUGGAACUGCUACGAGCUUUGAGUGUCGACGGCCUCGCCCCGUCCACAAAACGACGACGGCGGGAAGCAUGCUUAGGACGGGCUCUCCUCAGAGGCAAGGCGUUUUCUGCGGCAGCUAGAGAUGUUGAUGGUGUCAUUAUCCACCAGGAGCUCACGGAGUUAUUGGACGGCGACGCUGUCGUAAGGGGCUGCCGCGCGUGUGCUGCCUUCGUCGGUGCCUCGACCGCAAUCAUCUGCGCCGCGCUCCACUCGAUCGACAGCGUCGAGGCGCCGCCCGUCCUGAGUGUCGGAGGCGCCUUCCUCUGCGGCUGGGUCAUUUCCAGCAUUGCCCUGGAGCCCCUCGCGUCGACGGCGCAAGCGACGAUCCUCUGUUACGCGGACCGGCCGCGCGGUCUGGAAGGGGCGGACCCGAUCUUGUACCGGCGAUUUUGUAGGUUGGCCCCAUCCAGGCCGCCGCGCUGGGUGGAACCGACGGAGAACCCGAUGUCUCCUCGUAGAAGAUCGCUGUCGGAUACGGACUACCGGGAGGUGGCGCUGUAGUUCUUCUUAAUUCGAUGAUUUGCGUUUACUUAUGCGCGUAAUCAUUCCAAGGCUCGGGGCGACGCCUAUAAUAUUACAGGGG